AACAUGGCGACGGCCGUGUUUGUUCACAUGCCAAUGCCAGUGUAAACAAAUGAGGACUGUCUUUUAGAUUUAAUGGAUCAGUUGCUGGCAUUUGGAGGAAAAUUAAUACAAUUUUCUGUUAAGGAAUCAGAUAAGAUUAAAAAUAUAUUAAUCGAAGCAAGAGUUUCAUCUCUGGCAGGUAAUGAAGGUGAAUGGGAAAACGAAAGUGAUGUCAUUUUAGAGUUGACGGAACCAAGAUCGUCCAUAUCUGUGAAUAUUUUACAGACAAGAAUCUGCUUAGAAAUAAAGACGGGCUUUUUGCUACCGGUUAUUGUUUUACAAAUCUCGUCUUUACGCGAUCCCGGAAACAAUCGCCUCUUUCUAGUGGGACUGAAUCUGUCGGCGAGGAGCCUUAUCCCUUUACAAAGUGUAGAAGAGUCUUGUACUGAUUGGAGUGACAGCUCUGUGUCUUUGACAUCAUUAGAUGGCCCAGUUAUAAGUUGGAUAAAAGACAACAUUCAUGUUAUGUGUGUUCCCGUUAAAGAUAGCACCCUGUCAACAGCAGCCUACAGCUUUACCAUUGGAAUUCAAACCAAACUCUAUUUUAGGUUCAUGCUUCUCAUGUGGCAGAUACAUUUUUGUUGCAAGCCAAAAGAGGAAACCUGCUCGGGCAUAUUCCGUAUCAGUCUCACCAUUUGUCUGUGAGAAUCUCCCAAUCGCACUGUUUUACUCAGAAGAAUUCACCAACAUUAAAAAGAUACAUUUUGUAUCUGUGGAAAUUUGUUCUUCUAAUUCAGCAGAUGACUCUGACCCCAGAAUACAGACGACACUAUACGCUGUCACAGAUGAAGGUUACGUCUUACAUUUCAAAGAUGGACAGCUGGUAUAUGCAAUUCCCAUGGGUGAUGAAAUCAAAAUAUCCAGUGACACUGAGCUCCAUGUAUUCCGUCCUUAUGGACUGAUCAAGACUUUGGUUGUUGUUCGUUCGCAGGACAAUGUUUUUCUUGUAGAUACUGCUGAAAGACAGGUGAUAAAAACAUGGAGGGGUGUACACUCUUGUCAUUGCGAUGACUUUGUGGGACUUGGCUGUCCACAACUGUUAAUAUUGAAGGAAGAGUUUAAAACUAACAGUGGUUGGCUGCUCACCGACACAUUCUCAGUCCUGGUUGACCAGUUAGGAGGGGAUGGACAAGACAAGCCCACUGUCGAGAAACACAAGGACAGCACAUCAGCUGCUAUACAUGCCCUGCAGACCAGGCUUACAAAUGAUCUGGUGAAUCUAAGUGAGAAGAGAAGGGAGGUAACCUGUAGAGAAAGUUUUAUAUCCAGUACAUGGCAGACACUGCAGGGAAAUUUACAGGGGAGACCACUCUGUCAAGCUAGUAAAGAUCCUUCCAUGGUUACUAUAAUGAACAAGAGAGAAGGCCAACCUUUAGCUGGAAGAACCCCCAAGGUGGUAAACAGAUGUGAACCGGCUACAGUUACUGAGAUCUGGCAGAGAGUUGUUGAAGGACAUUGGGUGAUUGGGGUGGACUGUAUGGCCAAAAACAUAAUGUCAUUUCAAGUGGUACUUGUACCAGAAAAAGGUGAACAGUCUUACCUUGGGUGCAUAACAUGUUCCUCAAAUCAUAUCUGUGAUGAUACAAAUAUAUUCAGAACUAAACAAAGAUCAAUAAAGAUAAGCGAAGACAUCUCCUCAAUCCAAAAUUCACAGAAAAAGAGACGAUUAUCAGUCGCCUGUCUAGAAGAAGAGGAAGGAUUAUAUCCCUUGAUAAAACACUUUCCUACAUGUGUUGCUUCACUGCCAAAGUUUGGAAUGGCUAAGAAGGUUUGUUGUCGGGUACUUCUACAGUGGACAGAGGACGAUGGACAGCCUCCAUCUGGCAGUCAGGAUUGUGGAGUUGUAUGUCUCUCUGUGGAGGAUAUAAUACGGGACAAAUACAACCUGAAAAGGGAGACAACUUCAGAAACUGAGUCGUCGAGGGACUUGCUUGCCCUGUCACUUAUUCAGCUAGAUGUGGGACUGAAGCUGGAGGGGACAUGCCCCAGUACAUUAGGGGCAUCUGAAGACAUGGUUGGAGGAGCGAGCAGGAUUCACCUACAGGCCUGUUUACAAGUGCUACAUGUCGGAUGUGACCUCCCUCUACCUCGUACGAAUCAAGGUGGCCGAGGUAGCUGUAGGGGAUGAGCGAUUGGCCAGUUUUACUCUAUCUGCAAGGGAUAUGGAGCAGAUAGCCUUGACCCUUCAUCACCUGUAUUCCUGUUUCCCUGACAACAUGUUGAUCCUCCCGGACACUCAACAGGGCCAUGUCCAAGCUGCUGAAGCUGACAGUAGGCAACUUGGAAAAGGAGUUAAUGUUUUUAACCUCUGCAAUGAAGGACUUUAACAAGGGAAAGCAUUCAUCCAUUCAGGAAGUGCAGGCAGGGCAUGAAAAACGUGCCGACGGACAUGUGGAUGUAGAAAAAGUGAGAGCAAAUUUUGCCAAAAGAAAACGAGAUCUUUUACUUUCUAGUGAUACAGAAAUGGUUUGUGUGGAGGAAACAGAACUCUUCAGAAGGCAGCUUGAAACACUCCAGUUAAAUACUGAUAGAUCAAUGAUAGACCUGUCUAAUCUUUAAACCUUGAUAUUAACUACAGUUAAAUACUGAUAGACUGGUAUACCUAAACAUGGUAGACUGGGCUGUCGGUAUACCUAAACAUGGUAGACUGGGCUGUCGGUGUACCUAAACAUGGUAGACUGGGCUGUCGGUAUACCUAAACAUGGUAGACUGGGCUGUCGGUGUACCUAAACAUGGUAGACUGGGCUGUCGGUGUACCUAAACAUGGUAGACUGGGCUGUCGGUGUACCUAAACAUGGUAGACUGGGCUGUCGGUGUACCUAAACAUGGUAGACUGGGCUGUCGGUGUACCUAAACAUGGUAGACUGGGCUGUCGGUGUACCUAAACAUGGUAGACUGGGCUGUCGGUGUACCUAAACAUGGUAGACUGGGCUGUCGGUGUACCUAAACAUGGUAGACUGGGCUGUCGGUGUACCUAAACAUGGUAGACUGGGCUGUCGGUGUACCUAAACAUGGUAGACUGGGCUGUCGGUGUACCUAAACAUGGUAGACUGGGCUGUCGGUAUACCUAAACUUGGUAGACUGGGCUGUCGGUAUACCUAAACAUGGUAGACUGGGCUGUCGGUAUACCUAAACAUGGUAGACUGGGCUGUCGGUAUACCUAAACAUGGUAGACUGGGCUGUCGGUAUACCUUAACAUGGUAGACUGGGCCGUCGGUAUACCUAAACAUGGUAGUCUCGGCUGUCGGUAUACCUAAACAUGGUAGACCCGGCUAAUCUUUUAAACUACUCUGUAUAUCUAAACAUGGUAGACUGGGCUGUCGGUAUACCUAAACAUGGUAGACUGGAAUUAUCUUUAAACAUGUUAUGUCAUAAUAUUGAAAAUGUUGUUACAUUAUGUCAUUAAUGAAAAUACACAACAAAAUGGC